CUGAGAGAUUGGUCUCCUGGUUUUUGCUUGUGUAUAGACUUGCUCGUUAUAACCUAAUAUGCAUGUGUAUAGACUUCAGGAAGGAUUUGUAUUGUUUCAGGAAACCAACACCUAAUAAAAAAUUUCUUGUUUACGCAGGAUAGAAACAAGAUGGGAGAUCGAUAAACCAACACUCGAUAGUUGCUUAUAUCAAAACUGUUAAGGAAAUUCUAGGAAAUGAUGAGUUCAACAGAAUAAGAGGGACGUUUUUGGGACCGGUGAUCAAGCUUGGAGAGAGGUCUUUGAAAUUAUCAGCUAAGAUAGUGCACGCAGUUCUCACCAAAAGCAUCAAGACAGUGAAGAGACACGAAGCAUGGUUCCAUUUUGGUGCUCAGCCAAUGAGGUUCUCUAUAAGAGAAUUCCACAUGGUGACUGGUUUGAAAUGUAGUGGUGAAGCAAGAGAACCACGAGAGGGAACCGAGAAAUUUAAGUGGGACUUCCUAAAAGGGCGUACUCAUACAGUAAAGGACGUGGAGAAGCAGCUCAGAAACACAAGAGAAGAUGCUUCUGAUGAGAGAUUCUGCCUUGCAAUGCUCCUCCUGAUUGAGAGCAUACUACUACAGAAGAGCCUUCUCGACGGUGGCACAACUUUUACUUUGGAUUAUGUGAAAAUAGCGCAGGAUAUGGAUGUCUUGAUGACAUACCCAUGGGGGAGAACAGCUUAUAAUUUGCUGUUAAAAUCACUUCAGAGAGCUGUCGACAAAAGCCUCGACAAAAACAAUUAUGAUUUGCAAGGGUUCCCUAUGGCAUUUCUUAUAUGGAUACUUGAGUCAGUACCUUUGCUACAGUAUGCAUUCAGUCAAGUUGUUCCUAUUCUGAGCUUUCAACCGUCUACCCCAAUAUUUUUGUGUGAGAAGUACCUUCAAAUAGCUUCUCCACAGCUGAUAGAUGUUCUCCUAAUUGAAAUCAAAGAUCAUCUUAAGGUCACAUGCAUCCUACCUCCUAUUUCUAAUGAUCCAGAAGCUGAUGUUUGCAUGGAAGACGAAGCUAAUAAAGAUCUGGAUGACAUGGCCGAUUUAUCCAAGAGAGGUUAUAAGUUUAAAAUUAGAGAUUGGCGAAACAUGUCAGUAGACCUAUACGGUGCUAAUGAAGAAAUAAGAAGAGCAUCUUUACUGUUUGGGAAUGGAGGGAUGAGUCAAGCUUCUACUUCGUAUCAGGAGGAGUCUUUGGAAUCAAAGAUCAACAGAAUCAGCGAGAUGGUGGGAGAUAAUUUAAGGAUCAUGAACGAUCGUUUGUGUUUGAUUGAAAAAGACAGGAAACAGAUUAAAGAACGUGUGACAAAACUAGAGAAACUACAAAGAGUUACUUCAUAUGAACUCCAAACAAUGAGGUAA